AGCAAUGGCCUUGGUUUUGCUUCUUUUUUGGAGGGCUACCACCACAUAGGACCUGGAUGUCCUACUGUUUUCCAAGAACAGGACGAAGACCCUUGCUUUGUCUGUUUCAGUGGCUGUCUGGUAGUAAAACAACUGUGGAGUGGACCAGGGUUUCAGCAGACCAUCACGUGAAUGGGACCAGUUUCUCUUCUUCACAGAUAUCAGAAAUUAAACACUUGGAAAGGAGAUUUGGCCAAGAUGACCCAUUUACAGGCCGGACUCAGUCCAGAGACUAUAGAGAAAGCUCGCCUGGAACUGAAUGAAAACCCAGAUGUUUUACAUCAAGAUAUUCAGCAAGUCAGGGACAUGAUCAUCACCAGGCCUGACAUUGGAUUUUUACGUACAGAUGAUGCCUUCAUCCUGAGGUUUCUCCGAGCCAGGAAGUUUCACCAAGCAGAUGCCUUUAGACUCCUGGCCCAGUACUUCCAGUACCGCCAGCUAAACCUGGACAUGUUCAAAAACUUCAAGGCUGAUGACCCAGGCAUUAAGAGGGCGCUCAUCGAUGGGUUCCCUGGAGUGCUGGAAAACCGUGACCACUACGGCAGGAAGAUUCUCCUGCUGUUCGCAGCCAAUUGGGACCAGAGUAGGAACUCCUUCACAGACAUCCUCCGCGCCAUCCUGCUGUCGCUGGAAGUCCUUAUUGAGGAUCCGGAGCUCCAGAUAAAUGGCUUCCUUUUAAUCAUAGACUGGAGUAAUUUUUCCUUCAAACAAGCCUCCAAACUGACACCUUCCAUUCUCAAACUGGCCAUCGAAGGGCUGCAGGACAGCUUUCCUGCCCGCUUUGGAGGAGUCCAUUUCGUCAACCAGCCCUGGUACAUCCAUGCCCUGUACACGCUCAUCAAGCCAUUCCUUAAAGACAAGACCAGGAAGCGGAUUUUCCUGCAUGGGAACAACUUAAACAGCCUUCACCAGCUAAUACACCCUGAAUUUUUGCCCUCUGAAUUUGGAGGAACACUUCCUCCUUAUGACAUGGGAACUUGGGCUCGGACAUUACUUGGUCCCGACUACAGCGACGAAAAUGACUAUACUCACACUUCCUACAAUGCGAUGCAUGUGAAACACACGUCCUCCAACCUGGAGAGGGAGUGCUCACCCAAGCCCAUGAAAAGAUCUCAGUCUGUGGUAGAAGCUGGGACCCUGAAACAUGAGGAGAAGGGAGAAAAUGAGAACACUCAGCCACUCCUGGCUCUGGACUGAACCCUGAGAUGCUCCAUGUCCCCCACAUCGCCAGCCGUGGGCGGUAUCAGCCACCCAGGAAGCACAUGCGCAACUGACCCACUUGGACACGUGCAUUCGGCUUGACACCAGGCACGCCACUCCUGCCACCCAGUAAUGACUGUCACCAGCCAUUGGUCGGAGCAGCCAAAGUUGAACAAAGACUUGAGAGAUGUGUUUUUUCCAAUGAGGGCAUUGGAUGAAGGACAAAGCAAGGCAGUUAUGUAAACAAGACUCCCCUCCCCCCCACAUAUGCUGUUAAAUGAAUUGGAAAGAGAAAAACUAAAUUUGAUGCACACACCACAUUAGAACAAGGAUUUUUCUGAGGCAUCUCACAGAGACCUCCUCCGGUUUUUGUAAUCUGAGAUCAAGUGCAUUUCCAAGUAGAUAUAUCAGAAUUAAACUGCGCAGACACAACUGUCAAGUUUAAUGUAGUGCAGAGCCCCGAGACAAUGGUAUCUCCAGUAAUUUCCAUUCUUAUUGAAUUACUUUCUUUGACCUCAUCACCAGCAUCAAGUCAUCCAGCCUAAGAGCAAGUUCUCCGAGGUCUGGCUAUUUUCAGAGUUUCCUUAGUUUGCUAUCCGGCAAAAAUGGUUUUGACAUCACAUCUUUUGUCAGGCUACCAGCUGAUGAUCAUGAGCUGAUUUUAAAAGAAGGCACACAACGUGAAAUAUGAUUAUUUCAUCUUAUCAAUGUGACUUCCACCGGCAACGUGUCUGCAGGUGGGGGGGAGGUCCCAUUGGAAACACAUGUCAGUGAUUAAUAAAUCCAUUCAUGUUGCCUCACUUGGGUCACUACAGCAAAGAAAAGUGCCACUAAAGCAUUUAAUGCCCAACCCACCACCCCUGCAACCAGUGAAAGGUGUAGAGGAAGGGCUUGGCUGUUGCUCAGCGGGUAGGUAUCCAAUCUUGGAGGAAAACCCUUAAGGAUGGCUGAAUAUGCAAGGACUGAAAAUAAAAGACUAGGAAUGCAGGAUGAAAUGCCAAAGAUCAUUGUAUUUCUCUGUCUAUUCUCCUUAGAAAUGGAGGCCCCAACUAUCCAUUCAAAGGGAAUUAGAUAAAAUUAAAGAUAUCAUAAGACAUGAUAUCCUUACUUGUGCCAUAUUUUCCCAAACCAGCUGUAUGUUUUUAGAUAUCUCCUAUUCUCCCAGGCAUCUGCAUGACAUGGCCAUUCAUUAAUAUGACCAGUGGGUGCUCAAAGUCCAAUAAAAAUAUUUUAGUUCAUAAUGGGCAGUAAAAAUAUGAUUUUAUGUUUUAAGGAUUUGUGAGGGUUAAUUGGUUAGCUAAAACAUUCAAAGGAAAGAGGUGAUUCAACUGGCCAUAAACCACCUUCAAUGGAUAUUAUUAUUAAUAAUUUUUUUCUACUGGUAGAUAAUUAACAGAAGUAAUUUUUGUAUUCCACCCUUGAAAUAAAAUUGAAAUAGAAUUAAAAAUAUUUCUCAAUCAAUUGCAUCACAGUAUUAAUAAAACCAAUUCAUUUUGUGUAGACAUUUCAAAUAACAAAAUAAUACUGAAAUAAUUCUUCCAAUGCGGUGACUGAAACACUUUUCUUAUAUACCAUGACAUAGGGAAGAAAGAUGAAGAAUUGAAGUGAAUUAGAAAAUCCAUUUUAUUACUUGGUUUUAUAAGGUGGUUGUGGAAUCCAAGUACUUAAAAUUCUAUUGGAGUCAAUUUUUGCCAACCCCUUGCAACAGUAAUAACAAUUCUGGCUUUUCAAGUGGCAAUAUUUAGAAUACUGUAGUGACC